AUGCCGUGUGAGAGCUGCGCCGUUCAGUUUAGUGUAUUUAGACGAAAACGGGCUUGUUCGGAAUGCGAACGGUACUAUUGUGGAGGGUGUCUUCGUCGCGGUGGAGGUACCAUGUGUGCACCCUGCAGAGUUCUCUCCACUCGACCUCUAUCUCGCCAUACAAUAACUCACUUGAAAGUCCGCGACUUGCAGUGUUUCUUACAACGCCAGAAUGUCUCUACUCGUGGUUGCGUCGAAAAAGAAGAACUCGUGAGCUUGUGCGUGGCACAUGUAAACAGCACAGCUUACAAACGCCGCGGGCCGCGAACCGGCGCAUUCAGCUCAUUAAAGGGCUUCACCAACAACAUCAAUGACUUCCUGAACUCUGCAUUCGACAUACGCGCACCCCAGAACGACGCGCCGCCCUCACGCAACAGCUGCUUCAAUUCCUCACAUGUUCACACACCACCAAGUGGGCCUGGCCCUGGGGUCGUUGAUAGUGACCGACGCUUCACACCCACACCAGGCGGAGAGCGCGACGUCCGACCGCCGGUCCCGGAACCGGCGGUGUCUCGCAGCAGCUCGUCGGAGAGCGCGAGAGUGGACACAGCCGACUGCUUCGAGGUCGAGGACCUGGAUGAUGCCGGCUGGGAGUUUGUCACCACACCAGCCGAACCAUUGCCCAACGACUCGGAGGUGCUGUUAGCUGCCACAGAGGGCAGUCUGUGGGCACCCAGCAGCACCUCACCAUCCUCGGAGAACGGCGAGGCUGGCGUAAGCAGCCUACGCUACCCGGGUAACCUGCCUCCUGGAGGGGGUGGACGGUGGGGCGUUGGGGGAGGGACGGGAACUUCAGGAACGCCGCAGCGCGCCUCCUCAGAGCUGGAGCUGCGCUCCCCCUCCGCCGCUGACACUGACACCACCAGCCUUCAGGAUGAGCCACUGAUGGAUCGGGAACCCAACACACCGUCACACAUAAACUUGGACCAGCUGGUAGAGGCUGACCUGGAGGGGCUGAGCGUGCGGCAGCUGAAGGAGCUGCUGCGGCGCAACCGCGUGGAGUUCCGCGGCUGCGUCGAGCGCGCCGACCUGCUGCAGCGCGCGCGCACGCUCGCGCGCAACCACAAGCAGCUGCGGCAAGACAUCGACAACCUACCGAUCGAGGAAUGCUGCAAGAUCUGCAUGGCGGCGCCGCUGGAGUGCGUACUGCUGGAGUGUGGACAUAUCGCAGCCUGCACUGCCUGCUCCAAGCAGCUGGCCGAGUGCCCCAUCUGCAGGCAGUACGUCGUGCGCGCCGUGCGCUUCUUCCGCUCCUGA